AUGACCACAAGAGAAAUUGACUUGAUCCGUAAAAACUGGGAACCCGUGCUUCGAGAUCUCUCCAAGGUUCAUCAUCAAUCCCUCUCAUUUUAUGACAAAUUGAUCAAAGCCGUCGGUAAUGCUCAAAUCGUACUCAUUGGAGAAGCCUCUCAUGGAACUCACGAGUUUUACAAACACCGAGCAGAGAUUACGAAAAGACUCAUUGAAGAAAAGGGAUUUAAUUGUGUGGCUGCAGAGGCUGAUUUUCCAGACUGUUUUCAAUUGAAUCAAUAUGUAAGGAAUGUUACACAGUGCAGUAGUGUGGACGCUCUUGCUGGAUUUAAGCGUUUUCCAACUUGGAUGUGGAGAAAUACUCCAACGAAAGAGUUUUUAGAAUGGUUGUGUGAAUAUAAUAAGAAAUUUAGCAAUACAAAGGAAAAAGUUGGAUUCUAUGGACUAGAUUUGUACAGUUCUGAUCGAAGUAUGCAUGCAGUAUUGGAGUAUUUAGAGUCCACUGAUCCAGAAGCUGCAUCACAAGCUAGAAAGGACUAUGAAUGUAUGAGAAAUUACAUUGAGAAUAAGCGUUCCUCUUCCUUUUUUUCUAACCUUAAAAAGGAUUGUCAAGAAAAAGUCAUGAAGGUUUUGAUCGACUUGCAGUCUCGUACGAAAGACUUUUUUGAAAAUGACAAGUCAGUCAGUGAGGAAGAUCGCUUAUUUUGUGCUGUUCAGAAUGCUCUCGUUGUGAAGAAUGCUGAAAAGUACUAUCGAGCCAUGUUCCUUGAUGGUAGUUGGAACAUUAGAGAUUCUCACUUUUUCGAAACACUUCAAGAAAUUCUCAAGUAUUAUGAGAAGACUUAUGAAAGACAGGCAAAGGUAGUAAUUUGGGCCCACAACUCACAUGUAGGUGAUGCCUCACAAACUGAUAAGAUUAAUCGAGCUGGUAGAGAACUUAACAUUGGAAGACUGUGUCGAGAGAAUCUCCCUCUUCAUAAGGUGUACAUUAUCGGAUUCAGUACCUAUACGGGAUCUGUGACAGCAGCAGAUAAUUGGAAUGAAGAUCCUCAUUAUAAAAAGGUAAAUCCAGGAAUGAAAGGAUCGAUUGAGGAAUUAUGUUACAAGGCAACCCGAGAUCAGGGCGUUGAUAACUUUUUGUUGAUCUUUAGGGACAAUAGCGCGACUGCAGCUUCUUCUGCCACUGGAGUGAAUGACAUUGUGAUUGAUAAUGAAUUAGUGGAGGCUUUGGCUAAAUCUAGACAAGAGAGAGCAAUUGGAGUUAUAUAUCGUCCUCAUACAGAGAAGGUGUCGCAUUAUUUUGGAGCCAAGGUCUCAAAACAGUUCGAUGCCUUGAUUCACUUUAAUGUGACACGAGCAGUGCAUCCUUUGGAUACUCAACAUGAAUGGGCAAAGAAAGAAUUGGAGGAAACUUAUCCUUUUGGUCUCUAA